AUGGCCCGCCACACCGACUCAGACCCGCACGAAGGCGGAUCAAUCUUCGACAUGGCCCAACAAGGAACAGCAAUCCCCAACGACGCAGGCCAAAUGCGCACAAUCCCCUCCGUCCCCCGACCCGACCAACACCCCUCAAGCAAACACUUCGACAACGAUGGCCUUGCGAAAACCCACAACCGCAACGGCUGCCGACAAUGA